AUGGCACAAACUAAGAAAAGUGUUGAUACAGUGAAAGAGAUUCGAGACUGGCUGGUGACAAAAUGUCGCUUGCCGGGUUUUGGGACUGACCAUCGCAAAAACGUCAACGGGAAAGGAAGUUCAACCAGCGAAGUGAAAGAAAGAAGUGCAUCACAAUCUCAGCUAUUUUCGGCUAACUUAGUGACACCCAGAACCAUUCCCCAGUUCGUUAUCCCUGGUUCUACUGACUCAUCCAGACAUCCCAGCAUUGGUUCUAACGACGACAUCCUGAGCCACUCCAGCGGAGACCCCAGUAUGACAUCAUGGUCAGCCUCAACCAGCCCUGGGAUCUCUCCGAGAUCGUCGUUCUCAGCCCUCACGGCUCCUGCUUACAACAGUGUUCGCAUCAGGUCAGCUCCAGUGUCUCCAAGACGGGAUUCCCAUGGCUUUUUAAGAGACUUUGGCAUACGUUCGAUGUGCCAGUUGCCACACAUGCAAGGGGAUCAGUCGCCGUUGGCUAAUGGACACGCUUCAAUGCCGGUAUACAAAUUCUACAGCAACGGCAACACACUCACGACCCUGGGAUACAGUGUCCAGGAUCCAAGAACUUCCCCAAGAAAAGGAUCGUUGACAAUCCCAGCGUCAGAAGCAAGACAUCGUACCCGGCGGAUGCACAGAUCAUUCCAGGACUUCUACUAUCAUCACGACGAGCAUACCGUUUCCCCAAAUAUGCUUUAUGUCAACCACGUCUCGCCAGAAUACAAAGGGAUCUACGCGGGGACGACUGAUAAAAACGACUAUCUACCAGUAAAGGAGUCUUUCAGACGUUCUCAGCGAUACUACAGACGUCGCUCCUCAUUGGUUACGUCUGAUGUCAUGCGACUCUUGUAUCACCGUCAAAGUUUAGAAUAUGAAAAUGGCUCGAGCAGUAGUACUAGAGCGUUUAAAAGCAGAAGGCAACUAGCCCCCAUCGACUCACUUCACGAUAAACGACAUUCCUCUCCAGAAGUCUCUGUCGUGGAAUCUGGAAGAAGGGAACACUUUGAAAAAACUAAAUCCAAUUCGCUUACCAGGCUCUCUUCCCACGAUAUGCCAAAACCCACAGUAAUGACAAAGACAGAAACAGAACGAGGAGACGUCAAAUUCUCGUUCCAGUACUUUCCUGCCACCAAACGUCUCAAAGUGAUCAUCAUACGCGCGGAAGGACUUCGAUUCCCUUUAAAACCUGACCUGGUCCUGAACCCAUUCUUCAAACUGUGUUUAAUGCCAGGGAAACUGCAGAAACAAAGUACUGAGCCUAGCCGGCAGACCUCGGCACCUGUUCUCAAUAAGGAGUUCUUCUUCACUGAUCUUGGUUUGGAGGAGAUGAAAAAUUUACGUUUGAGAAUCAUUACGUUUCACAAGGCACACCACCUGAAGCUUCCGGAAUAUCUGGGGGAAGUAAACGUGCCUUUGUCUAACUACGACUUGCUCAUGGAGAAUAGAAUGUGGAACGAUCUACACUUUAAGCCUUACAAGAAG